AUGAGAGGAGAGAAGCUCGAUAGUUUCCCCAUCGGAACGUUACAGUUCAUAUUCCAGAGGAGCGGUCAUAAGGACCGUGAUAUGGACAUUCAUUACAGCGUGUCAGAAUACAACGCUACAUACAACCGGGACGCCCACAUCCCCAGGCACGCCCAACGCUUUUUCGGCUGCAUGAAGAGAGGAUAUGAGGGUAAUCAAAAGGGGUAA